UAUAUAAUUAUAUUUUUUUAUAGUCGGAAUAGGGAUUUAAAAAAAUGAAGCCCCUGUUUUCCCGCAAUAACAUAAACGCGGUUUACGCGCCUUCAGUCGUGUUGUCCACAGUCCGAGAACUGGACGAAGAUUCCCAGGGAUUUUCAGAAUCGAGGUCCAGCAAUAAAAGCAGCAGCAGAAAGUCGCCGACCAGCGAAAAAGACUCUGGGAUCAGCGGACAUCGAACUGCGUCUUUGACGACACUGUUGUCUUCGUCGCCCACCACGUCGAUGAAGAUAAACAACAAUAAUAUGCAAAGCGGGAGGCUGGAAACUCUGGAGGCGAAGAUGGCGACGAUAGAGUCGUCGCUGUCGACGUCAUCUAGAUGUCGCUCGUCGACUGGCCUGCUGUCCACAGCAAGUGAGAUCGACGACAACGCCACCUGUUGGCCCCCUUAUGCUGCAGUUUGGCAAAGUCUACCAAAAGGAAUGCGAGAGGUUGUGCAAGAAAUGGAAGUCCUGAGAAGAAGCUUGAGGGAAAAGGAUGUGCUCAUCCUUCGCCUCAGGCGACAUCUAGCCCAACUCUGCAACGAACACGUCAGCCAGGGCAAAGAUGGUGCAAGUGAGCUGAAUAUUGAGGACAAAAAGCGAUUGGAAGACAGACUGAAGACAUUGAGAAGAGAUGUGGAUUGUAGGCAAAUUGGCCUGAAGAAGUUGAGGACUCUCCUGGAGCGCCUGAAAGGAUCUGACAUCUCAACUGGGCCCAGUAACAAUAGCAAGGAUACCCAACAGCACCAGUGCCUCGCAUUACUAAGGGUCACCCUCACCAUGGACCCAGAGAACCCGAGGUUCGAACUCACUGACUCUGGAGAGGAAAAUACGAAUGCGGGUGUGGUUGUGGAACAUGCUGAAGCAUCCACCAGAUUGGAGAAAGGAGACAGGAUACUGGAGAUGAACGGGAAGAAUGUGUUGGAGGACUGUGCAGAGGAGAUCAGAAGCGACAUCUUGUCCAAACUGAAGCCUGGUGACCAAGUGGAAUUGGUGGUCUCAAGAGAACUCACUUUGGGUCAUAUUUUUGAGGCAAAGCGUUUGCGAGAAGAGCUUUCUGUAGUCGUGGACACUCUACAGAAAACUGGAAAGUCCAAGCACAAGGAGAAAGUCAAGGAGUCGCUCCAAACCCCGGCGACUCCAGCGUUGCCAGCGGCAGCACCACCACCACCACCACCACCAGUCAAAGAAAAACCUGGACACAUUCAGUCCAGAUUAGACUUUUUCCGCAGCAUAGGUCCUAAAUCUGGUGGAUAUUACGUGUCUUCAGCUGCUUCAGAGGUUUCAUUCUCAGACUCUGAACAUGCCAGACCUCAUUUCCAGGUCAAGAACAAACCAGCACCACCUAAAAAGCCAGACAGACUGCAUUUGUACAGGGCCACUAGUGUGCAGUCAGUGGAUGCAGCUGUGGACAAUGGUGCCACAAGGAAAAGGAAGCACCACAACAGACCUUCACUUCCUGCUGACCAACAGCACUUAAUGUUGCAGCAGCAGCAGCAGCAGCAGCAGCAACAGGUGGCUGAAGGAGGCAUCAGCAAGGACAUUAAGCCAGAACAUAAUCAACAUCACCAUCUAGUUCCCUCGAAAGGCACACAAAUAAGAGGCCAGUUGUGCCAGAUGAAAAAAGGUGGGCCAGAGUGGCAAAUGCAAAUAGAGUCCAAGGGAAGCUCCAAGUUGGUGCUAGGAGUCAUGGCAGGUGUGGCAGUGUUGUCAGCAGUCCUGGCCACCACCAUGGUGGCCAUAGUGUUCCUGACCCAACCAGCAGAGUCAGGCAGCAAGUCAGCAGACCUCAGAGCACCACUGACCUCAGGUGGCUGCCCACCUCACUUCACCCUGGACCCCAACAAUGAGUGUCGCCCAGUCUUCUCUGAGGACCCUGCCAUCCUAAUGAGUACCAAUUCCACCACUAUUAGCACCAACUCCACCAAACCUCUGCUGAGAAGGGAAGAGGAUGCUGGCAACCUCAUCCACAGGCCCCUGGCUGAACAAGCUGGAUCAGACUGCAGGAGAGGCUUUGUGAAAGAUGUCACUGGCAGGAAAGGCACACAAAUAAGAGGCCAGCUGUGCCAGAUGAAAAAAGGUGUGCCAGAGUGGCAAAUGCAAAUAGAGUCCAAGGGAAGCUCCAAGUUGGUGCUAGGAGUCAUGGCAGGUGUGGCAGUGUUGUCAGCAGUCCUGGCCACCACCAUGGUGGCCAUAGUGUUCCUGACCCAACCAGCAGAGUCAGGCAGCAAGUCAGCAGACCUCAGAGCACCACUGACCUCAGGUGGCUGCCCACCUCACUUCACCCUGGACCCCAACAAUGAGUGUCGCCCAGUCUUCUCUGAGGACCCUGCCAUCCUAAUGAGUACCAAUUCCACCACUAUUAGCACCAACUCCACCAAACCUCUGCUGAGAAGGGAAGAGGAUGCUGGCAACCUCAUCCACAGGCCCCUGGCUGAACAAGCUGGAUCAGACUGCAGGAGAGGCUUUGUGAAAGAUGUCACUGGCAGGUGCAGGCCUGUCUUCAGCACCAAGGGACACAAGAGGUCACUCCCUUCCAACCACCUGCACUGA